UCGCACUGGAGAAGAAGAUGAUAAAUAAGAGUAUCCUGCUAUGACACAUGGACACACCAGAGAGACAGAGAGAGAGGAUGAUGGCUUCUUCUUCUUCCUCUCAUCUCUCAGCCAUCCCACUUCGCUUCUCCAAAUCCUCCUCUCCAUGCCACUUCAACUCAAAGUCUCUUGGGUUUCAUGUAAGAGCGAAUCUUGAGAAUGAGAGCAGCAGUCCAGGGGACUCAGAACACUCAUCUCAACCAUCGAAGGAACCUCAAGUCUCAAUCUCUCGGCGACUGUGUCUCACAUGUCUAUGUUCAACUGCUGCUUUGAUAAGCAAUUCUGCAACCACUUCUGCUCCAAAGGCACUUGCACUGGAUGGAAGCGAUAGACCUGGUUGCCGGAAUUGUGGGGGAAGUGGUGCUGUGCUUUGUGAUAUGUGUGGUGGUACAGGAAAAUGGAAAGCUCUUAACAGAAAACGGGCCAAGGAUGUGUACGAGUUUACGGAAUGUCCAAACUGUUACGGACGUGGGAAACUCGUAUGUCCGGUUUGUUUAGGGACCGGUGUACCGAACAACAAAGGUCUUCUCCGGAGGCCUGAUGCACGACAGUUACUCGAUAAGAUGUACAACGGCCGGCUACUGCCAAAUUCAUAACAGAAUCGUUCUGCAUCAAUGUGACCUCCCCACAAGAGAGUUGAUUUCCGGCAUUGUGACCGUUCGAUUUUCGUGUACAAUCAUUUUAGAAGCGUUAUAAAGCUAAAGAUGUAUGUAAACCAUAUAUAUAGCCAUCCUUCCGCUAUGUCGUAGCAGAGCUCCCAUUUGCACACUAUUUCCGCUUAAUGGAUGUCGAUUUUAUUACAUCUCAAUAUAUAUUUUCGGUUUUAACAGAGCCUGUAGCUA